CGUAACUCGACCCUCCAACUAUAAGAUUAAUAGCAAUGGGUGUGAUAAAGUCUUGUGAUCACUCUUCUAGGGUUAGGCAACAAUUUGAUUGUAUGGUUAGGAAAUCCCACUGGCUUAGCAUCCAUUAACUCCAACAUCAUUCAACUCCUUUCAAGUUUCCAACUUCCAAAACCGAUUUAUUGUUGUUGUUGUUUUUGAUUUCGACAUUCGAAUUUAUUUUUUUCAAAUUUCUUUAAAAAAAAAUUCAGUGAGUAUAUUCCUUUCGCCAUCACAAAAGAAGCGCCAACGAAUUUGGAUCCAGUUCUUAUCAUCACUCUUCUCCACUUAUUCCUCUAAUUCGUCACCUCCUAAUUUCUCAGAACCCUGCUCUUAAAACUUGAUUGACCUUUUGGGUUGGAUCUUAGAUUGACACACAACAAAGGGUUGGGUUUAUAUUGCAAUCAUGGAGAGGCUUAGCGCUUCAGCACAUCUCAUGAUAGUUUCAGACCUUGAUCACACCAUGGUCGAUCAUCAUGAUUCUGAGAAUUUUUCUCUGUUGAGGUUUAAUACAUUGUGGGAAGCCAAUUAUCGUCACAAUUCUCUCCUUGUUUUCUCAACCGGCAGAUCCCCUACACUGUACAAAGAGCUGAGGAAAGAGAAACCUAUGUUAACUCCUGACAUUACCAUAAUGUCUGUAGGAACCGAGAUAACGUAUGGUCUCUCAAUGGAACCAGAUGUGGGGUGGGUUGAAGUUCUAAAUCAGAAAUGGGAUAAGAACAUAGUCGUCGAGGAAGCAAGCAAGUUUUCCGAACUUACUCCACAGGCAGAAUCAGAGCAACGGCCACAUAAGGUUAGCUUCUAUACUCAGAAAGACAAGGCUCAGGCUGUAACAAAGGCCCUUUCUGAGUCACUGGAGAAACGCGGGUUGGAUGUAAAAAUAAUCUACAGUGGAGGGAUAGAUCUGGAUAUCUUACCACAAGGUGCUGGAAAAGGACAAGCUCUAGCUUACCUGCACAAAAAAUUCAAGAGCAUUGGGAAACUACCAAAUAGCACACUUGUUUGUGGUGACUCAGGAAAUGAUGCUGAGCUAUUUAGCAUUCCAGACGUAUUUGGUGUCAUGGUUAGCAAUGCUCAAGAGGAAUUGUUGCAAUGGCAUGCUGAAAAUGCAAAGAACAACAGCAAGAUUAUUCAUGCUUCAGAGAGGUGUGCAGCUGGCAUUAUACAAGCUAUUGGCCAUUUUAACCUUGGUCCCAAUAUUUCCCUUAGAGAUGUCAAGGACUUCUUGGACUCUAAACUGGAAACUAAAAGCAUUGGCUAUGAAGUUGUGAAGUUUUACUUAUUUUACGAGAAAUGGAGGCGUGCAGAAGUUGAGGAAUCUUGCUUGGAUCAUUUGAAAAAAUCCUUUAAUCCAUCUGGUGUUUUCAUUCAUCCGUCUGGUCUCGAGCAAUCUCUUGCAGACAGCUUGAGUUCAAUACAAAAGCAAUAUGGAGAUUCUCAAGGAAAACAGUACCGUGUUUGGGUUGAUCGAGUACUGCCUACAAAGAUCAGUCCGGACUCAUGGCUCGUGAAGUUUGACAAGUGGGAAUUAUCUGGCAAGGAGCAACUAUGCUGCAGGACAACUGUCAUACUAAGUUCAAAGGAUUCAAAUGCUGCCGGUGAGUUUGUUUGGUUACAUAUCCAUCAAACUUGGUUGGAGGGAUCAAAAUCAGAGCUUAGUUCAACUUGGCUCUUUUAGUUUUUUCUUCUUUUUUCAAUCCAAAUCUUUAUCUGGUCACAGAUAACAACAUAACUGAGGCAGCGCCUCUGUUUUUCAUGAAAAUAAAUGUAAUUUGAUGGUUUGACAUCUUUAUCUCAUAAAUUUAAUAUAACGAUUACUUUGUCAUUGAUAUGUUUU